GAGGCCACACCUGAGUCUGACCGCAGAGAGAGAGGAGGAGGAACACACAAACACCACUGCGGGCAGACUCAAGUGGGAUUAUCGGUCGCGUUUUCUCGCCUUUGUCUCGCGCAAGGGGACACGCGGACACACGUUGAGACACAGUCACACGGAGACACGGUCAGAGACACACACGCAGACGGACACACACAGACGGGGACACACACAGAGACACGUAGACGCACACACACACACACACGGUCUCACAUACAGAGACACGAUCUAACACACACACAGACGGACACACACACAGAGACACGUAGACGGACACACACACAGAGACACGGUCUCACACACAGAGACACGGUCUCACACACAGAGACACGUAGACGCACACACACACAGAGACGAACGCGAGGCUUCCUACGCAACGCCACCUCGUCCGUGAGACUCCACCAUGGCUGCUGCUGCUGGUGGUGGUGGUGUUCGUGGUAGUUCUCGAGGAUGGAGCUACGGCACCGUCAUCAUGUGCGCCUCUGUCUGGGUGGCGUUGGUGUUCGCGUCCUGCGCGGCAGAUGCGGUGCAGGCGGAUUCCCUCAAAAGAGUGAAGAGGCUUUGGCAGGCGCCGACUCCACAGGCCAAAGAGAACGCCCCGAAACCCUACCCCAUCUACGUGACCACGUACGUCUCGGACAAGCUCCAGUUCUAUCCGCUCACCUACCGGCUGGAGGGCCCAGGGGCCAGCCAGGACCCCAGAGGUCUUUUCACCAUUGACAACGACGGCAAAGUCUGGGUCACCUCCGUCCUUGACCGCGAGAAGCAGUCUCGCUACGCGAUGACGGUGCACGCGAUGGAUCGCUCCAUGACCGAUGUGGAGGAACCGGCUAACCUGGUGGUGGACGUUGAGGACGAGAACGACUGCCCCCCUAUCUUCGUCCUGUCGUCCCUGAGUGGCACCGUCGACGAAAUGAGCCCCGCGGGCACAUUCGUGAUGCGUCUGAACGCGACGGACGCGGACGACCCCAACACGCUGAACGCGAUGGUUGUGUACUCCAUCGAGUCCCAACCGCCGGGAAACCCAUUCCUCGUGAACGCCCAAACGGGGGUGGUCACUACUCAGUUGGCCAACCUGGACCGAGAGGGAAAUUGA